AUGUCACGUCCCGAAUUUCAAACCGCAACCGCACCUAAACUCGGCGUGAUCGCGUUAAGCAUCGCGUCUACAAACGCUUCGGACACAUCUUUCUACAUCAAAGCCAAACUAAAGCAGAGAAACCUCGAACCGGCUUUAGAAGACACACUAGACGAUUGCGGUAAAAACUACUUAGACGCGGUCGCGCAACUAGACGAUUCUCUAGCCGCUUUGCUCGCGAAUUCGUUCAUCGAUGUCGAUAUUUGGCUCAAUACCGCGAUUAGCGAUGGAGAAGCUUGUGAAAGUGCAUUGAGCGAACGUGCUGGUAAUGAUGCAGAGCUUGCUCGUAGGAACACAAACUUCUUGAAGCUUUGCAAGGAUGCUCUUCUCAUUAACACUAUUUUAACUCCAUAA